UACGCUAAGCGGUCACACUGGCUGGCCCCCCCCCGAAAUAUUUUUAGCAACAAAUUUUUUAAUUGACAAUUUAUAAACUAAAGCGAGCGCCCCGGCAGUGGCUGGCAGUGAGUAGAGCAGCACUAAUGGCAACAGGCGGCCGCCAAAUGCGCCAAAGGGCCAAACAAGGCAGCAAAAUCAGUCGCAAAGCCAAAGUAGAGCAACUGCAGCUGUAACUGUAACUGUUAACCCUGGGCAGGGCGCGGGGAGGCAGGGUGGCAGUGGCAGCAGUGGCAGUGGAAGAGGAAGAGAGGUGGGGACGCCAAAACGGAGGAGGAAGAAGAAGAGCACAUCUUGGGACAUUCCUGGGACAAACGACGAAAUGGAGUCAUCCAAUGCUGGAGCUGCUCCACUAGUGGCCCUAAAGCCUGUGGCAACGGACAGGAAUCAAGUGGAUCCCAUAGCAGUCAGGUCGCAGGAGGCGGAGGACGACGACGAGGAGGAAGAGGAGGAGGAGGAUGAUGAUCCUAAAGAGGAGGAGGCCUUCUACGACUCGCGCAAUGGCAACGAAAGCGACGAACUGGAGCAGGCCUUCCAGAGUGCCCUGCAACUGGCCAACGAUGUGCAGGUGAGUGUCAGCGUGGCGGAGGAGCAGCAGGAGCAGCAGGAGCAGGAUCAGCAGUUAGGUGCCUGCGCUUUGGCAUCGCCCAAAGAGGAGCCACCGCCGGAACGCAAGGAACCCCGCCACCAGACCCUGCUCUCCACCAAAUCCUGCGAGACGCCAGCCCAGAAUGCCACGCUCUCGCCCACCAAUUCCUACAAUGGCAGCAUCGGCAGCGAUGGCGGCAGCAGCGUGGGCGGCGGCGCCCGCCGCAAGUCCUGGACACUCUCGCCGCAAAGUGGCGGCUCCACGCCCCUCAGCGGCGCCAAAAAGAAGACAAAGGCAGCCAUAACAAUCAACACCACUACAAAUGGCGACGGCUUUAAUCUGUGGGUGGCACGUGAAUGCUUUGAAACGGUGCCCGCCGAGAUGGUGGACACACUCAGCAUGGCCGAGGUGGAUGAAGAGCUCCAUGAGCAGCAGGAGGAGGAGGAGGACGAGGACGAGGAGGCGGCUGCCGUGGAGAGUCUGCUGGGGGCGGCCGCUGCCCUCCAGGCCAGUGCCCAUGUGCAGCGCCGUCAGCAGCAGAAGCAGCAUCACCAUCUGCGACAGCCUUCGCCGCCACAGCAUCGACCGCUGGAACGCUCUUGGCCGCCGCGCGCAAUCAAUCGGGAGCUCAAGCUUCAGGGCGAUGUCUUCCAGUUCGACAUCCUGGACACGGACGAGCGUGGCCUGGCCGAGCUGGAGUUGGCCCAGCCGGGCAGUGGCAACAGUUCCAACAACUCACCCCUAAACACGCCACCCGUGCGCUUCAAGCCGCUGCUCAAGAAGAAGAUCGGGCCGGAUAGCUAUAUCAAUACCAUUAGCACGCAAAAGGUGCCGGUUCCGGUGCCGGUUAACCAGAGCUAUGAGUUCCCCACCUUUCCCAGCAGCUCCUCGGCGGUGGCCUCCUCCUCGCCCAACAGUCUGCAGUUUCCGUAUCUACGCCAGCACCGUCCACUCACCCGUGCCCUUUCCAAUGGCAAGGCCACAUCAUCGGAGGAGCAGGCAGCCGCAGCCGCAGCCUCACCACGUCUCCUGCUCUCCCCGAAAAGGCAGCGCAGUCCGCCCUCGGGCUGCUCCACGCGCAGUGCCUCGCCGCUGGAUCUCAGCCUGAGUCCCGAGCAGCAUUCGCCCACCAGGGGCAGGGGAGUGGGCGGAGGGGCAGCACUUCAGGAUGUGGCCAUGCCAGCGGCGCCCGGAACUCCAACAUUCCAUGGCCAGCGACCUCAGCAGCGGCUGCUCAAGCGCGUGGGCGGAGGAGCCGGAGCUGGAGCUGGAGCUGGUGCACCCUUAGUAUGUCCGCCCACGCCCACUCACCAUGCCCGUCGGCAUGCCCGCCUCCAGGCCGUCACUGCCAACUCCAGCCUGGCCAUGGAUGUCCCAGCAGCAGCAGCAGCCGCCUCUAGUCAAUUGGAUUACAUUUACCUGCAGGAUGGUGGAAGCAGCCAGGAGCAGGCUGCCCAUCAGGUGCUGGAGCCUCCCGACGAGGUAGUGCACAUAAGCAGCACCCGUUUGCCUUCCAUACCCGAACGCAGUGCAGCAGCAGCGGCGGCUGCGGCGGCGGCAGCAGCAGCAGCUAGCUCUGGAGCAGCUCUAAUCGAACCGGGCACCGUUUCCGGAAGCAGUGGCGGAGCCGCGGCAGAGCCGCCACUGCCGCCCGCUUGGGAGGCGCGCAUGGACAGCCACGGGCGCAUCUUCUACAUUGACCACACCACGCGCACGACCUCGUGGCAGCGACCGGGUGGUGCGGCGCCCAGCGGCGGACCGGCGGGCAGGGAGCAGCAUCAUCGCCAGCAGCUGGACAGGCGCUACCAGAGCAUCCGUCGCACCAUUACCAAUGAGAGCAGGGCAGCGCAGCUUUAUAAUCUGCCAGCCUCGGCUGCGAAUAACACUAGUAAUGCUGCUCCGGCUGUGGCUGCUGCUGUUGCUCCUCCGCCACCGCCCAAUCCCGCCCAGGCCAUCCAUCCGGCCAUCCUGAUGCUCUGCCGCCCCGAUUUCUACUCCCUGCUGCACACCAACGAGGCAGCGCUGGCCAUCUACAACCGGAAUGCCGCCCUCAAGCACAUGGUGAUGCGCAUCCGACGCGAUCCGCAGUGCUUUCAGCGGUACCAGUACAACAAGGACCUGGUGGCUCUGGUCAACACCUUCGCCCAGAUGGCCCGCGAACUGCCCUCCUGCUGGGAGACGAAGCUGGACCAGUCCGGCAAGCAGUUCUUCAUCGACCACCAGCACCGGCGCACCUCCUUCAUGGAUCCCCGCCUGCCCGUGGAGUGUCCGCGUGUGGUGCGCCAUCGCCAGCAGCAGCAGCAACAGCAACAGCAGCAGCAGCCAGGUGUGGGCUACUACUACCCCGAUCUGGUGGAUGGCAACUGCCUGUCGGCCACCAGUGGGCACAUAAAUGCCAGUCCCGGAUCCUCGGUGUCCGGAGUGCCGCCUUUGCCGCCACCCAGGCCCUCAUCGUCGGCCACUUCUUCCACGUCCAGAGGGAGCCAUGGACAUGGACAUGGCCAUGGCCACAACUGCACCACGGCGGCGGCCAUCGCCUGUGCUUUUAGCUUGGGCGGAGCAGCGGGCGGGGCCGCCGGAAUGUCAGGAAUGGCGGGAAUGGCUGGAGUGGGGGCCACAGCAGCCGGAUACGAAGAUGUGCCCAUUGCCUACAACGAAAAGGUCAUCGCCUUCCUUCGCCAGCCGAAUAUCCUGGAGAUCCUGCGAGAGCGCCAAGGCCAGCACACCAUGUCCCGCCCGCUUCGUGAGAAAAUCAAUAUCCUGCGGGUGGAGGGCGUUCCCGCCCUCGAGAGAUUGGGCCAUGACCUACAACUGACCAUUUUGCUUAGCCUGUUCGAGCAGGAGAUCAUGAGCUAUGUUCCUAUUGAAGAGCGCAGUCCGCAGGGAUCGCCGGUGCUCAGUUCGCGGAUGCCACAGCGGGCACCGCCGCCCUUCCGGCGCGACUUCGAGGCCAAGCUGCGCAGCUUCUACCGCAAACUGGAGUCCAAGGGCUACGGCCAGGGACCGCACAAGCUUAAACUCCACAUCCGCCGCAGCCAUUUGCUGGAGGACGCCUUCCGGCGCAUCAUGUCGGCGAACAAGAAGGACCUGCAGCGCGGCCGCCUGGCCGUGCUGUGGGACACGGAGGAGGGCCUGGACUACGGAGGACCCUCCCGGGAGUUCUUCUUCCUGCUGUCGCGCGAGCUGUUCAAUCCGUACUACGGACUGUUCGAGUACUCGGCCAACGAUACGUACACGGUGCAGGUGUCGCCGCUGUCGGCGUUCGUGGACAACUGCCACGACUGGUUCCGGUUCAGUGGGCGGGUGCUGGGACUGGCCCUGGUGCAUCAGUACCUGCUGGACGCCUUCUUCACGCGACCCUUCUACAAGGCACUGCUGCGCCUGCCGGUGGCGUUGAGUGAUUUGGAGUCGCUGGACAACGAGUUCCAUCAGUCGUUGCAGUGGAUACGCGACAAUGACAUCGGCACGGGCGUGGAUCUGGGCCUCACCUUCUGCGUCACGGAGGAGCUGCUGGGUCGAGUGGUGGAGCGCGAGCUGAAGCCGGGCGGCAAGAACAUCAUCGUGAACGAGAAGAACAAAAAGGAGUAUCUGGAGCGCAUGAUCAAGUGGCGGCUGGAGCGUGGCGUUCAGGAGCAGACGGAGUCGCUGGUGCGCGGCUUCUACGAGGUGGUUGACUCGCGUCUGGUCUCCGUCUUCGAUGCCCGCGAACUGGAGCUGGUGAUAGCCGGCACCGCGGAGAUAGACACCAACGAUUGGCGCCUGAACACGGAGUAUCGCUCGGGCUAUCAUGACAACCACCAGGUUAUCGUGUGGUUCUGGCAGGUCAUCGAGCGGUUUAGCAAUGAGCAAAGACUGCGACUGCUUCAGUUUGUCACCGGCACAUCGAGCAUUCCCUACGAGGGAUUCUCCGCGCUGCGAGGCUCGACGGGACCACGACGCUUCUGCAUCGAGAAGUGGGGCAAGCCGAAUGCCUUGCCACGGGCCCACACCUGCUUCAAUCGGCUGGACCUGCCGCCGUAUCCCACGCCCGAGCUGCUCUACGAGAAGCUGCUGCUGGCCGUCGAGGAAACGAAUACGUUCGGCAUUGAGUAGGCAUGUGAUAUUCGGCCAGCCUCGCCUUGUUGCAGCCCCCAAACAACCAAAACAACCAAACACUAAACACUAAACACACAACCCGAAAACGCUUUAUUUCGAUUUUAGAAGUUUUUUAUAACUUGCCUAAGUCUAGGAAUUCCAUUGGGGUGUUGCAGAAAUACCAGUUGUUGUCCCUGCCAGUGAUUGAAAAAGUAUUCAGGUAGUUUGAAAAGCUUGUUCAAAUUAUAACUUAACAUUUGGUGUCCAGGAAAGUGGAUGAAAAUGUCUUUAGUUGGUUUCAACAUUUGUUUACCCACAAAAUCCAAAUAAGGAACUAAAUACUUUACAAUAUAUAACUUAAAACUGGGACUGUAAAUAAGAGUUUAUUGAGGAUUUUAAUUUGAAAAAGACUACUAAACUACUUAAUCGUCAGAAGUAACACUAAUAACAAUAAAAUAGCUAAACUAAGAACUCUUGUCCACAAGGUUUUAAAAUAUUCAGCGAACUUGGCAAAUAUAUAAAACUAUUUAUUCUUGUUUUCAAGUUUCGUAAAAUAAAAAUAAAUUCUUGAUUUUAAAUAUAAACUAUUAUUUGCUUUCCAAUGCGAGUUUUAUAAAAACCAAACAAAAUGUAGGAUUUUUUAAAGUAAAAGUCUCAAAUUACAUUUAUUUACGGUGCCUGUUUUUUAAUACGAUUUGUUAUCUGUUUUCCAUGCAAAUCUUAAACACAAAUUAUAGCUGGAGUUUAGUUCUUUAAUUCAUAAUUAUUUUUUUAUGAAAAGUUAGUUGAUAUUUUAUAUUUUUUAGCUAUUUCUAAAAGUCUUCUGGUAUUUCUGCAACACUGAGGAUUGUACUGUAGUUAUUUAUAUACGUAGGUUAACCGUCCCCUUAAAAAAAAAAAGAAAAAGAAAAAAUGCCUAGCCAUAGACAGACUUGCUACUUUAGGCAUGGCAUUCCAUUAGUUCGUAGACAAUUUGCCUUCGCCUUCGUUUUUGCCGUUCACUGAAUGGAAGUGUUACCUCAAGAGCAAAACGGCUUGCCAGCGCCGCCAGUCAUUAGUUGUAAGACCUAAGAAACAAGCAAAAAGAAACCUUAACUGCACACCCCCGAAAAAAGGAUAACUUCUAAGGCUAAAAAUCCUUCGCUUGACUCUCUGCCUGAUUUACUAAACACAAUCGAAACGAAUCGAAAAACGAAAUGUAAUGAAAUGAAACGAUGCCAACUGCCUGUAGAGAAAUUUUCAAUGCCUAAUCCAAUUAGCAGGCCCCAAAGAAUGGAGAGAUUGAGAGAGCAGAGCCACUCUAAGCCAAUACUUAACUAGCUUAUAAUGUUGUCGUCUUAGCCUUAACUCGAAUUCCAAAACCCCUAGAUGUAUGCAUUCCAAAAAAGCGUAUUGUGGAUGUCAGUUAUUAUAGCCUAUAUUACCCUAACCUCUCUCCUUAAAAUCCAGAACAAAAAAGUAUGUAAAUUGUUUUUGAAUUUACAAACGCUUUAAUUAUUUCCAUCGAAGUUGCCAUGUGCAUCCUCCUCCGCCAAUUGACCAAAUCUCUGGCCAGGAUUGGGCUGCAUAUGACAGCUCCGAUCGGGUCUUUAUGGUAUAUUAUAUAGUAUAUAUUAUAUAUACAACAAAAUGGCUGCUGUUAUGCCAACAAUGAUUACAAAUUGGUCCAGUGCGUUGCUUCGGCUUUAUUGGUUCUUUCGGCGCAUACAAUUAACGAUAAUAUAUAUAUAUAUAUAUAUAUAUUUAAUUAAAACAUAAACAAACAAAUUCAAAACAUAGCUAAACGAAAAAGCAAACAAAAAUUACAUUUUUAAGAUUAGUAUUGAUCGAAAGAGAAAGCGAAAACGAAAAGAUAACUAAAUGGUGAUUUGUUUACAUGUAUUUUUGGCAUUAGUUAAUACGGAAAGCGAGAGAGACGGACAACCAGAGUUGGAGAGAGAUAGAGCGAUAGACAGAGACGGAGUCAGUGAAUGAGACAGAGAUAGGAUAGAGAUAGAGAUAUAAAAACGCUUUUUGAACUACUUAUUGAUAAAUGAAGAUUGUUUUAAUGAAUUAUUAAUGUGCGUGUAUUUAUGAACAAAUUAACUAUAAUUAUAAACAAAUAAAUGUGAGCCUUUUACUUCAAAAGCAAA